AUGGGUAAUAGUAAAUCUAUUCAGUCUGAUCAAGAUGUGACAGCUGUUCUUCCUAAAUCGAUUAAAUUAAAAAAUAAAUCAUGCAUUUUCGGUUAUGAAACGGCCAUAGAAGAGAUUAUCACUCGAUGCAUUAAUGAAAAAUAUAACGAUGAAAAACAUUGUCAAGAUCCUCUUGAAAUGAAUUCUGUUCCAUGUUAUAAGCCUGAAGAUUUACAAAAUUCUUGCUUUUCUAUUACAAAAUUAGCAAGACAACUCUGUAGAGUGGGAUACGGUUCAUUAUCAUGUUUCAGAUCUCAACAACCUUUAGCAGAUAUUGAUGCUAUCUAUGAUUUCUAUCAAUAUGCUCUCUUCUUAAAAAAGUUUAAUACUCAACUCAUGAAACGUGAAACUUUGGAUCUUAAUACAGAAAAUGCUUACGGAAUUAAAUAUGUUGCCGUUCAUAAAUAUGAUGACAAGACAGUUGAUAGAAAAGCUGUUGAACGGGCAAAUUCUAUAUUUAUUAGUGAGCUUCGCCAAAUUAAAUAUGAACUCGAAUCAUUGGCAACAACUAUUAGUGAUUCAGCAUUAAAACACAUGAACUUUGCUUUAAAUAUUUGGUGUACCAAAUCCAAAAUGACUCGUAAUGAUUGGUCUUUAGUAAUUAAUGGAAUGAAUACAUUCAUUUCUACGAAGCCGAUAAACGAUAUCCGAUAUUUUCAAGCAUAUAUUACAGCGAUUUCUUUAUAUACAUUCGCUGCUCUUUUCCAAAAUCAUGAUAAAACCAAAAUCUCUGCUGUGAUAAAUCGUUCUUGUGAACUACUUUCACCAUUUAUUUGUACUUCAAUUCAUCAUAAUGCUGAAGGAUCAUUCAUUCAUAAUGUUGAAAAUAAAUUACCAGGUAUGAGAUUAAUUGAUAUUUUUGGUGGAUUACAUCAAGGUCUAAAGAUAGCAACGAUUCAAAAAUUUGAAUGUGAAGAAGAUAAUAUAAUUUCUUCUUCACGAGUUUCAAAAUUUAUACCUGGUCUUGAAAAAUUAAAUAUUUUACCACCAACAACCAUAUCCAAAAAUGAAAAAUGGAAUAACGUGACUAUAAAAGUUGAUGUUAGAUUUCCAUUGAUUUUCACGGCUAAAUCAAACGGUAAUACAGUGAGAAUACGAGAUGUCAGAUCUGAAACUUGGGAAUUCAAACCUAAUGAACAUAAUAUUUAUAUUUCCCAAUUAUUAUUUAAAACUAUCUUGGAAAUUUCUUCGAUUUUUUCGGUGAUUGAAUCUUUGGGUAAUGCAAAAGAUAAUAAUAAAAAAGGUAAUAAACAAGAUAAUAGAAAAGAUAGUAGUGGUGAAGAAUCUGAUAGUUCCGAUAGUUCUGGUAGUUUUUUAUCGCAGGAAACAUUGAUUACUAUCAAUAAUGAACAUUUAAAACUUAAAAAGAGUUACUAUCGAAAAAUUUAUUGUAAUUUUGCUACGAAUCAUAAAACUUUUCCUACUACUCACUUAACUGAUGAUGUUAUAGUGGAUAAUCACACACCUUGGACCGUUUACACAAGUGUAUAA